UUAGAUUUAUUGUUCGAAAUUAUUUUAAUGUCACAAUUAUUCCGAUUGAAUUUAUAUCGAUUUUCUUUGAUCUUAUAUAAUACGCAAAUGUAAUAAUUGAGCGAAUAUCGAAUCAUGAUAAAAUUCUGAAAGAAAAUAUAGAUCACGUCAGAAAUCGAAACCGAUAAUGAUGACGAUUCAACGCGAGUUAUGUUUCAUAGUAUAAAUAGGCUCGUGUUUUUAUAGUUACACAUAAAAAGAUAAGGAACAUUUUCUCGUGUAUCAAUUUCAUCGAAAUUCGAAUUUGAUCUGUUUCGAUUUCUGAAUCUUCUGAAUUAUUAUGUUUCACGUUAGGAACAUAUGAAUUGUAAUAGGCGAUAUAUCCGUCGAUUUAUUUCAAGGGAUAUACAUAUUUUGCGUUAUUUAUUAAUUAUCAAUAAAUGGCUUUCAUUUUCUAAUAAUAUGUAAUGUGAGAGCUAGAGUUUCGAUUCUUUUCUAUGUAGGCUGAUACCAUGGGCUGAUAGCUGAUAGGCAUCGACAUAUAGCCAAAUCAUAUCGAUCCAUAGCAUUGCGCAUUGUGCAACUGAGUGCAGUGCACAGUUCAGCACAGUCCUACUACACUCACUUCCUCGUGUGAGGUUAUGUUUUCCAAAACAUAACCUUCAAUCUUGUAAUUGUUCUACAACUGUGCUAUAUAGUUCCAGGGAGGGACUGACGGCACCUAUCUUCCCUCACCUGAGGGAUUAAAAAAAAAAAAUUGUUCAACUGGCAGAAGUUGAACGAGUUGGACAGUCAGGGCAGUCAGGCAGAGGUGGCAGAGUGGCCAAGUCACACAGUCGCACAUGCUGCUUCUGCAAAAGAGAAAUAUUAUUUAGUAGAGACCAUGGGCAAAAGAGGCAAAGGAGGAGGCAGUAAUUUAGGAAAAUCUUUAAUCAGGGAUCGAUUUGGAUCCAGGAAAAUUAAAAGAAACAGCAAUGAGCCGUCUAUGCUUCACACUACAGAGAUUAAUGACGGUUACGAUUGGGGCCGACUCAACUUGCAAUCGGUUACAGAGGAGAGCUCGUUUCAAGAGUUUCUGUCAACCGCUGAACUCGCAGGAACAGAGUUUAACGCAGAGAAAUUAAAUAUUAAAUUUGUGAAUCCCAAUAGUGGUGGCUUGCUCUCGAAGAAUGAAAAGGAGAAAGUAUUGGAGGUGCAAGAAAGAAACAAAGGCCUUGUUAAGAUACCUAGAAGACCGAAAUGGAAUAGUUCCAUAAACGCUCAAGAAUUACAUACUCUUGAGAAAGAGGCAUUUUUGGAGUGGAGACGUCAUUUGGCUACGUUGCAACAAGUCGAGGGAUUGAUAUUGACGCCUUAUGAGAGGAACUUGGAGUUCUGGCGGCAAUUGUGGAGAGUGGUGGAACGCAGCGACGUGAUUGUACAAAUUGUUGACGCACGCAACCCAUUGCUCUUUCGCUGCGAGGACUUGGAACGUUAUGUUAAAGAAAUAAAUCCUGACAAAUUAAAUAUGAUUCUUCUUAAUAAAGCAGACUUCUUAACGGACGAGCAAAGAGAUACGUGGGCAAAAUAUUUUACAGACAUAAAUGUACAGGUGGCUUUUUUCUCUGCUACGUUAGCAGCAGAGAAACAGCAGAUAGAAGAAGAGGAUGAAGAUGAAGCAAAAUCGAUAAAUGAAAAUGAUAAUGAUCAUCUUGAUGAAAUAGAUGACUAUAGUACUGACGAGUUUAACUCGGAAUUUGCUUCGGAAUCGGAAUCGGAAUAUGCCAGUGCGGAGGAUGGUACCGAGGUUGACAAUGAUACGUGUACUAAAUCUAAUAUAGAACCUGCUGUUGAUAAGCAAACGGGAGCUCAAUGCGCGAUGGAGAAUUUAAAAAUCUUUGAUACAGACUUGGAAGGCAAAACGAAGAAAAUAGUUAAUUCGCCGAAAUUAUUAAACAGGAACGAUCUUGUGCAAUUAUUUAAAAUAAUUUAUAGCGGUAAUAAAACCUACACAGAUGGAGUGACGACAAUCGGUUUGGUGGGAUAUCCGAACGUUGGAAAAAGUUCCACUAUCAAUGCUUUGCUCAUGGACAAAAAGGUUUCCGUGUCUGCCACCCCAGGCAAAACUAAGCAUUUUCAAACGUUGUAUUUAGACAAGGAUUUACUAUUGUGUGACUGCCCAGGCUUGGUAAUGCCAAGCUUUGUUUGUACAAAAGCCGAGAUGAUCUUGAAUGGCAUACUGUCGAUUGAUCAGAUGCGAGACCACGUACCGGCAAUUACGUUACUGGCUACAUUGAUACCUAGGCAUAUUCUGGAGGACCUGUAUGGUUUUAUGUUACCUACGCCACCCGAGGGAGAGGACUCGAAUCGCGCACCAACCGCAGAAGAGCUUUUGAACGCGCACGCUUAUAAUAGAGGUUUUAUGACGCAGAAUGGUCAGCCGGAUAAUCCACGUUCGGCUAGAUACAUUUUAAAGGAUUUUGUUAACGGUAAAUUGCUAUAUUGCGUUGCACCGCCAACGUUCGAGCAAGAGCGCUUUCACACGUUUCCGCCGCGACGUCGCAAUAUAUCCGCAAACAGGCACGUACCACCCCGAACAGUUCGCGUAAAUGAAGGAUGUCGAGUUACAAUCAACGACGUGGAUCAAAAGUUCUUCCAGGAUAUACAUGUCAAGAAGAUUGUUGGACCUAUGCUAAAAUACUCUACAACGCACGCGGGAUCAACGGUUAAUUUGACAGAAUCGACCGAUGAUUAUUCGUAUAAAAUCAAGAAACCAUGGAAAAUGAUAAAUAAACACGUCAAUAAGAAUAAACGUGAGAAGGCUCGAAGAUUAUACGCUCAUCUUGACCAACAUUGAGUACAAAAAUGUGCGAAAAGUACCAUUUUGCGUUUUCUGAAUCCAUUAGCUUUGUAACAGCUAUGUAGUAUAGCUGUAUGAUUGCACAUAUAUAUAUAUAUAUACAUACAUACACACGCAAAAACACAGGCAUGUUGCAGAUUUAUAUUCAGAUGUAAUCGUGAAUGAUACAUGUAUAUAUGCUAAAAUAUGGUAUUUUAUAUUUUA